AUGGAUAAUUCAAAAUCAUAUCUUACAUAUCAACCGACUGAAAUUAUUCAUCCAAAAACGAAAGCUUUGAUUAAAAAAACUCGAAGAAAACAAACAUUACGUCGAAUUGGUGCUCGAUGUUUACCGUCAUUAGCGACGAAUACAGUUAAAAUGGUUGUUGCAACACUACAAAUAGGUUCAACAACGAACGAAGAAAUUCUCGACGACAACGACGACGACGACGAUGAUGAUGUUGAUAAUGAUGAUGAUGAAACAUUUCCCAUUGGACAACAAGUUCAAGCACACAUUCCAGAUAUUGUUCUGAAUAAUUUAAAUGAUUUAAUCGAUCAAAAAGGAAAUAUUUUAAUACCCAGUGAACAUAAAUAUAAUAAAAUAACAUUACUAUUUCUUGAUGUGUCCGGUUUUACAUCAUUAACAGAACAAUAUUCAAAUGAUGCGCAUCUUGGUAUUGAUCAAUUGACGCAUACAUUAAACUCUUAUUUUGAUACACUUGUUUCACAAAUUUUAUUAUACAAUGGUGAUAUAUAUAAAUUUGCUGGUGACGCUAUACUUGCAGUAUGGGCGAAUGAGUUCAAUGGGACAGAACAAGCAUUGAAAUGUGCCUUAUAUUUACAAGAAAAAUGUGGCUCAUACGAAACAGAUGUUGGAGUUGUAUUACGUCUUAAAAUAGCAAUUGCAUACGGGCCUGUACGUGCACUAUUUAUAGGCACAGAUGAAUUUAAACAUUACAUAUUAGCCGGUGAUUGUGUGAAAGAUGUAAAUAUUUGUGAGCAACUAUGUGAGCCCGGAGAUAUCAUCAUAACGAACGCAGUGUAUGAACACGUGCGAUCACUAAAAUUAAAUUGUGAAUAUCUAUCGAUUAACGAUGAUAUCAAUCGGGAACAAGCACAUAUUGCUGUUAAAUAUUGUGGAGCAGUCGAUGAUAAUCAUGAGCUAACGAAAAUAAGUGAUAAACUGAAUAUUUCAAAUCAAGAAAUAUCUAAACAAGAUAAAAUUGAAAAUCAUCGAACAUCUUCUCCCGUUAGUGAUACGAUCGAUGAAGAACUUUACAAUAAAAUCGAUAGUUUAAUGAAAUCAUUUUUACUUCGUUGUGUCUAUCAACAUAUUGAACGUCAACAAUCAUUAGAAUAUUUAUCUGAAUUACGUCGUGUAACAAUAACAUUUAUUAAUCUUGAUAUAUCCAAUGAACGAUGUACAAAUAAUAAUCUUUGUCAAAAUGUUCAAAAAGUUUUCAUACAAAUUUAUGAAUUGACAAAAAUGAUGGGCGGCGUAUUAACAAAAGCAUUGUUGUUCGAUAAAGGUUGGUCAUUUUUAUGUGUUUUUGGUUUGCCAGGUUAUAAACAAGGCGAUGAUACAGCAAAUGCACUAAAAUGUGCUCAAAUGAUACAUUCAACCAUGCACAAACAAUGUAAAUUUAUUGAUAAAUGUUCGAUCGGCGUGGCAACAGGUCUUACAUAUUGUGGUGUUGUCGGCCAUGUAGCACGCUGUGAAUAUACUGUUAUUGGCCGGAAAGUAAAUAUGGCUGCACGUUUAAUGUGUAAUUAUCCAAAUAUAAUAUCUUGUGAUCAAGAAACAUACUAUAAUUCACAUUUGAAUAGUCGAUGUUUUCAAAUACUACCCGAUAAAAUAUUAAAAGGAAUGAAUAAUGUUGGGAUUAUUUGGCAAUAUGGCGAUUAUCUAGAUAAUGCACAAAUAAAAAAUAGCCAAACGAUACAACAAAAUAAAAGUUUAGAUGAUGAUAUAAGAAAUGAAAAUUAUCCAUUAUUAGGACGUAGAAUUGAAUUAAUGAUUGUAGCAACCCAAAUUAUGUCUUUAGAAGAACCGUUAAAUAGACGACGAGAUCUUGCAGCUAUUAUUUUUGAAGGUGAUGAUAAAAUCGGUCGAAGUCGUUUAUUACAAUUUAUUACUGAUUCGUUUGAAAAUUCGAAUAAUUCGAAUAAUAGUAUGCCUGUAUCUUGUUAUGAAAAUAAUUAUAUUUCUCAUGAUUCAACAAUUCCUAACGUUAUACCAGUAACAACAAACGACAAUCAAACCAAUCGUUCAUCGGCAUCGUAUCCUUGUGCUAAUGACUAUUCAACGACAAAGAAAUUAAUCAUACGCGUCAUUAAAUAUAGUUGUCAAUUAGAACAACGUUUCAAUGAAUUUUGUUUACUUCGUUCGUUACUUCGACAAUUAUUACAAUUUCAUAAUGACGAUAAAACACAACACGAACGAGAACAAUAUCUAUUGAAAUUAUUCGAUCUAAAUAAAUCGAAUGAUCUAUAUUUAAGACGAAAUUUAUUUUUAUUAAACGAUUUACUUGAUGUUCGAUUUCGUCGAAGUCCCAUUGAAACAGAAAAUAACAAUGAAAAAAAUUUUGUUCGAACUUAUGAAACAAAUAUUAAUGAAUUAUUAUUACAUAUCUUAAAUCAACUUAUCGAACCAUCAGCGAAUACCAACGACACCUAUACAAAUACAGUCAAUGGGCUACAUUCAUCGUAUUCACAGCUAAGACUUUCGACAGGUUCAGUGUCAACUGCCGUUACUUAUCAUAUUCCAACAGCAUCAAAAAUUUUAUUUAUUAUUGAUGAUAUUCAUUUUGCUGAUGAAAGCUCAUUAAAACAUUUGCUUACGUUAGGUAGUCAUAGUAAAUGUUUAUUAAUUCUUUCAAUGAAACCUCCACAUAACAAUCAUAAUAGUCGAUCAACGUCAAAUACAUUACAAUCAAUUAGUACAGAUUCACGUGUUUAUCUCCGAAGAUUACCUGGACUCGAACUACGUUAUCUUGCUACACUCGCAUGUCAGAUAUUGUCUGUACAUAAAGUUCCAACGAAAAUUGUCAAAGUAUUAAAUGAAAGUUGCAAUGGUAUUCCCGGGUUUUGUGAGCAAAUUCUAUUCGAUCUGUUAAGUAAAGAUAAAAUCUAUAUUACAAAUAAUACUGAUGCCGAAGAUGAAGAAUCAAAUUUAAUCGAAGGUGAUGCCGAUAAACUUAUUGUUAAUUCUUCCAUGCAAAAUAGUUUAUCUAAAAGUUUAUUUUCUCGUCGAAAACAAAUUGUAACUGACGAGCAAUAUCAACUUGAGCCAAUUUUUUCACGUGUUUGUCUUUUGCGCGAUCCGACAGCGAACGAUUUUAUUGCUCAUUGUCAACAAAAUUUUCAAAAUUACAUCAUGUGUCGCAUAGAUCGCCUGUCCGAAGGCGAAAGUUUACUUGUUAAAAUAGCUGCUGUUAUUGGUAAUACAUUUUCUCGGACAUUUCUCUGGCAAUUAGUUGAUCCACAAUCUAAAAAACUAAUUAAUAUUAACGAAUGUAUAUUAGAUAUGAUGCAACGAUCCGUUAUUGAAUGUGCCUAUCAACAGCAACAGAGCCGCAAGACACACACAAUAAAAUGUUUUUGUCUACAAAAUCCAGCUGGUUUUCCAUCGCAGUGUCGUCUCAUGGCUUUUACACAUGUAUCAAUACGGGACGGAAUAUAUAAUUCGCUAACCGAUAGUUUAAAACGUACGAUUAUACGAAAUGCUAUUGAUUAUUUAGAAAAACAAUGUCGAAUUAUUUGUCUAACAUGUGGAUCACGAAAUGAUAUACCAUUUUUUGUACAGAAACAAGAUGGUCUUACGAGAACGAUUAAAACCAGCAAUCAGCAUGCAUUUGUUGAUAUUGUCAAAAUGGUAGCAUUAAGAGAAAUCGAUCAUGCAAUUAAGCAAUCAAUUAAAUUGCGUUCAUUGAAUGCGCCAGGAAAGCCAAGAUCGAAUACAUCGGUCAAUAUGGAAGCAGGAUCGAGCACGACACUAGCUGGAUAUCUGAAUAUUAAUGAUAAUAAAAGUUCUAACAAAACUCAGGAAAAACGUCGUAAUAGUUAUGAUGUAAGUGGAUUUGGCUUUCAACAUGGGAGACGUUCUCAAUCUCCAUUUUUGAUGCUGGCUGAAGAUGAUAUUGAAACUAAAAUGAACCAUUCAAUACAUCAUACGUUAGAGGAUUCAAAUUCAACUUUAGUUAGUUUUUAUCCAUUUAAAAACAAUCAAUCUGAAUCUAUCCCAACAUCGAUGGAAAUCGACAUUCAACGAUCAUCAUCAUUGACAUCGGCACCUUCGAGCCAUAUUUUUACUAUUUUUAAAUUAUCGAAACAACGUCGAAUGCAUACAUCGUUAUCGAAAGUUUCCCUAUUGAAAACAAUGAACGGUUCGAUAAUGACAAAUAAAUCGAAUGAAAAUGAAGCAAUCGUACAACAAACACACAAAAUGAAAAGCAAGAAAAUUCAUCGCUUUAGAUCAUUCUUUCGAUGCAUUUUCUGUCAAGUUACACCAGCACAAUCAAAGUCAUCCGUAGCAGCUAUCGAUUUUAAAAGGCAAUCAGCCAAGAGUCUGAAUGACGCUCCGAUACCGGAUAUUCAGAAACCUGCAACAUUAAAUAGUCUCUCGCAGAAAAAUGAAAGUUCACAACAACAUGCAUCUCAUUGGCGAAAAGUCCGUCAAGCAUUAAUACCUUCCCCGAAUCGCGUACUCCAAGGUUGCCCAACUGAUAAAGAACUACUUGAAAAGCCAAUGUUUUCAUCCGAAUCCAUGGCACACGUUCUGCAAGAUCUUGCUUGUUUAAAUCAACAGAUUUAUCGUAUACAAACGUUUCAAAAUCUUUACGAUCAAUCACUUCUAUUUCAUGUAUUUCAAUCCUAUGUUCAAUAUAAAAAUCUAAUCGAAUAUGUUUAUGAAACAAAACACAAAGAACAAGACGAGCCUAAUUUAAAUAAAUACGCCAAUGAAUUCACAAAUUAUAAUGAUUUACGUAUAUGUCAAUGUGCGGAUUAUGUUUUAACGAUUUAUGCUAAAUUAGUUGAAUAUCAUACAAAUCUCUACAAUAUGUAUGAAAAAUUAGUCGAUGAUAAACGCGACUAUUUACGACGUAAACAAUUCGAUCAAAUUAAUUAUUAUCGUAUAGAAAUUUGCCAAUUAUUAUUAAGUUUAAAUUCAUUACAACGUUUAUUAGUUGAAAUUGAAAAUGGACGAAAAUUUUUUGAUCAAUUUCAGAAUGAAAUUAUUAAUAAAGAUGAUUAUUUUUAUCAAUAUCAAUAUAUUCUUACUAAAUACACAUAUAAUCUUCUUGAAGCUAGCGUUUUACAACGUACAAGAUCAAUAUUUGAUGCAAAAUUAUUAUGUGACCAAAGUCUAAAAGAACUAAAGAAUAUUGAUCAAGACCAACUAUGGGAAAAUUUAAAAUCCAAUACAGAUCUGUUGGAUUGUUCAUCAGCAAAAGAAAGACGAGCCCAAUAUGAACACACAAAAGAUUUCUGUACAAAUACAAGUUCUAAUUCGCAAACAUCACAAUCUGAUCAAUUGUAUAUUUUUGUUGAAAAAUAUCGCCUGGAAUAUUUAAUAUGUCAGUAUCACCUUCUUCAAUAUCAACUUUCUCGUGAUCAAUCGAUUGAAUCAGUGAAUGCUCUAAUUGAUUUAGAAUAUUAUACAUAUCCAAUAUCAUUUUCACUUCCAUGCACCGUCAUACUUAUUGAAUAUUUUUAUUGUCAAAUGGAUUUUAAUCAAUGUCUAACACUCAUUGACAGAAUGAUUACGUUUUGGUGGUUACAAACAACGCCACGUGAAAAACUUGAAUUAGGCAAAUUAAAAAGUUUAUCAUUAAUUAUUGAAUUAAAACAGGGUUCAUUUGAAUCAGCUAUACUAUCAGGUUAUUUCGCUAAACGUCUACUAACGGGUUAUCAUGAAAAUAUAUUUCUUAUUGAAACAUGUAUACAUUUAACAUUAGCUCUUAUUGGUGAAAUGCGUAUAUCAAAUAUUGAAUUGAUUCUACAACAUUUAGAAUAUUUAAGUGAACAAACAAUGAAUUGUUAUGCAAAACUAUGGUAUUAUAUAUUAGUUAUUGAUGUUGCUAUUGAACUUGGCUACGAACUGAUGCCCAUAACAAUUGAUUUUCUUGAAAAUAUAACAAAAUAUCGUAAAAAACUUCUUACUGGGCCUAAUCAACGGAGUCUAUUAAUUGUUUAUAGUGAUUGUGUACUUGCACAAAUUUAUAUAAGAUUAGGUUUAUUAAAUAUGUCAAAAAUACAUUUUCAACAAGCCCUACAUCAAAUAAAAUAUGAUCAAAUGCAUCUAUCAAAUAUUGAUUUUUGUUUUAAACGUGCUCUAUUGAAACUAAUUGAAACACAAUUAUUGUAUUGGUAUCAUACAAAAGAAGAUGAAGAAACGAUAGCGAAAGAUUAUUUUCUAUUACACGCAAUUGAACAUCAUGUCAAUGAUAAAUUAAUUCCAUGGAAUAGAUCAAGAUAUUUUAUUUAUCAAGCGUAUUACGAUAGACUUAUUAAUGAUUAUAAACGAACCAAAGGCUAUUCGAUUGAUAAUGAUUUCGAUUGGAAAUUAAGUUUAGAAAAAGCUGAAAUCAAUGCCGUUAAACUUGAUCUCGAAUGGAUCAAACAACUACGACAAGCAUGGUUACGUUCGAUGUCUCAGCAAUUAUCCUUUCAAAUCAAUCAAUCAUUAUCUAUUGGACAACCACGUACAUCAACAUUGAUGAACAAUAAUAAAUCAACAAAUCGACCAUUCAUUCGACCACCAGUACCUCAUAUAAAAAUAUCCUCAAGAACUGAUAAACAUCCCGAUGAACAAUCAACGAUAACUGUACAUAAUUAUUCUCAUCAGAAAUUUGUUGAUUGGCGUUUAUUUUUAACUCAUAAUAUUUUACCGAAAUUCCAGUUUUAUAUUCUUCCGGUGAGAGUGUGA